AUGCCUGAAGAAUUUACGAUGAAAAGAUUUUUGCAGUAUAUAUUCAUUCUACCGCCGUCAGUUCUUAUUGACGAAAAUUAUGGACAAGUGCAAGAUGACAAUUUAGUUCUGGAAAGAGUCGACUACAAAUACUCAAAAAUUGCUCAAGAAUGCUCAUCGGUUACAGAUGUUUGUUAUGUGGUAAUGGAUAAAAAGUUAGAUACGGAAAAUGGCGAAAUAGUUGAACGUCAUAUGUUUGUCAAGGGCUUUGAAACAGACAGUGACACUGUGGUACGACUUGUUCCUCCUCAAAAAGAGAAAACUUUUGAAAACUCUGAUACAAGAAUAUGGAAAGUGGAUCAUAAAACAAUUCGAGCGCAAUAUGUGUCCGCUUUAGUUUGUGCACCUUUUAUUGUUUCAACUCUUUCGUUGGUUCACGAAGAUAACAAUGACAAAAGUGUACUAGAAAUUGGUCUCGGUGGCGGAAGUCUUGAUAUGUUCUUACAUGAAUUGAACCCAAAUAUGAAAAUAACUGCACUUGAAAUCGAUCCGGUUGUAGUGAAACUAUCGAAAAAAUGGUUCGAUGUUGUUGAUGAUAAGCAACGGAAAACUGUGAUUUCAGAUGGAGCGAAGUUCAUUGAAAAGACCGCGAAGAAAAACGAAAAGUUCGAUGUUGUGAUACUUGACGCUUGCGAUUCUUCAAACGAAUUUCCGUGUCCAGCCAAGAUUUUCAGAGAACCUCACAUUAUAUCCAAGCUUUCAUCUAUUAUGACAGAUAAUGGAGUUCUCGUAAUCAAUAUGCUCUCUUAUAAUGAUAACGAAACAGACAAUUCCAUGAAACUGUUUGAAACGCUUACGGAACACUUCGGAAGUUGCUUGCGAAUGACAGUGAAAGAAGAGAUCAAUGUCAUUGCAAUUUGCACUCAUCAAUAUAUUUCCGAUAAUUCUGCAAGUGUCGAAUUUUUAAAAAAACGAGCUUCGGCUGUGACAAUGAAUCUUGGAAUGCAAGACAAUCUAAAUAACAUUGCAUUUGUAUAG